AUGUCGCGACUUCCUUCCGCUCGCUACAUUCUAUUACCUGAUGAAUACUUUCAAGCUCUUGAACCUGCCUAUCACGCAGUGUUCGGUACUGGGCACCUGACUUGGGAAUGGACCACAAACCCGCCGAUACGCAGCUUUGCAUACCCUAGUUUGUUUGUCCCAGCCUACGCAUUGGUCAAAGCCUUGCGCCUGGAGAACACGCCCAUACUUAUCUGGGCCCCUAAACUGGUUCAAGUUGUGUUUGCUUCAGCCGGUGACCUUGCACUUUACCAGAUAGCAUGCACGUUGUUCACCCAGUCACAUGGGCGCGUUACGCUCUUCCUUUCACUUCUGUCUCCAUUCAACGUGCUGGCACUGACACGAACGCUUGCCAACUCAACUGAGACAAGUCUGGUAACUAUUGCCUUGCUGUACUGGCCGUAUUCCCUAUUCCAAACUAGGAGGCAUUUCUCAAACUUAGUAGUGGAUGGAACCAUUGUUGGACUUGCUGCGGCUUCGGCAAUUACAAUAAUUGAUACUCUAUACUAUGGAGCCUUGACAUUCACGCCGUUUUCCUUCCUCAAGACCAACUUGGUAUCCGGAGUGGCCAGUUUCUACGGUGUGAAUACCUUUCACUACUACUUCACGCAAGGCCUCCCAAUCGUUUUAGGGCCCUCCCUACCAUUUACCCUUUUGGGAGUAUGGAAGCAUAUUAAAGAUAACCGGGAUAACCGGAAUACCAGUCCUUCGAGGCGUACACGCUCCCUUUUACUGGGACUUGUGGCUUGGACUAUUGCACUCUAUUCUCUCUUGGCUCACAAAGAAUGGCGUUUUAUUCAUCCCUUACUCCCUAUCUUACAUCUCUUCGCCGCAGACUAUUUGAUUUACUCGAAUAACGAAACCAAGAAAUAUGCGACGGAUUUACAGGCGCAGGACAAUCUUAAAGCAAGAUUGACAUUUCAACUCCCAAUCCGCCGUAAUCACUUGGCCUACUUCCUCGCGGUUUGCCUUCCUCUUAACCUCUAUCUGAUCCGCUGGCAUGGCAGUGCGCAGAUCGCUGUCACUCGCUACCUACACGAUCUAAGUACAAGGUCUGACCGAGUCAAAUCAGUCGGUGUGCUCAUGCCAUGCCACUCGAUCCCUGGGCGGGCUUAUCUCCAUCUUCCGGAAUUGACAUAUGCCACAGGCGGCCAUAGGAUAUGGGAGAUCGGGUGCGAGCCGCCGCUCGGGUUGAGCCAGUACGUACUUGUGAUGGACCUUAUUUCAUUCAGACACCCACUAAAUCGAUCGCGUUUAAGCACGCAACGCGAGACGUACACGUCUCAAACAGAUGUAUUCUUCGAGACGCUGGGGCCUAUUCGCUACUUGGACCAGUACUUCCCACCAUCGGUCGAUCCCACUUUUCCGCCGUCCCGAGAACCUUUUACAAAGCCAGGCAAUCCACCGCCUGUGCAGGGUUGGAACCACACAUGGCCCAGUCAUUUCAUCAUGUUUGGGGCAUUGGAAAACCUGUCAUCGUCGUCUGAAAUCCAAGAUACAGUCAAACAAAAAUUGAGAGGACUCGGUUAUGACGUUGUCUGGCGUAUUGGUAACGGCUGGGAGGAAGAUGAGCGACGCCGGGGAGGUGUUGUUGUUUGGGAAUGGACAGGACUCAAAGUGUAG